AUGUCUACCAGUUCGGCGACGAGUCGCCGCGUGUUGCGCAAUCUAGACCAUUUAUGGCAGGGAACGAACCAGAAAUUCAUAAAUAAGCUGCGGCCAUCGUUUGCACAGUCAACGCCAGCGUAUGUACCGCCCAAAGACCGCAUCACGUUUUGGAAUAUUGUGCCUGGCGAUGUGGUCAAGCUGCGCUCCGGCGCCAUCGGCCACGACGAGGAUGGUCGUCCUAUCCGUGGAGAAGGCAUCGUUACGUCGAUUGACCGCACAACCAACCGUCUGCUUCUCCGCGAUAUCGAUGAUAACCACAAAAUGGCCCCAAAGAACGUCAAGCACGUCGUGCCACGUCUCAUUGAUCCAGAGGCGGGUGAAGAGAAGGGAUUCUCAGGUAACACCACCAGUGUGCCGCGCCCUGUUCACUACUCGAAGGUCAUGCUCAAGGUGCCUGAUACGCAGACCUACGCAUCGCGCAUCGUCCGCUCCAAGCCAUUUUACGACCGUCAAAAAGGCAUGUUUGUGUGGAAAAGGUUUGCGAUCGUGAAGGCCACAGACGAAGAGUCGCUUCGCACUGGUGGCGCUCUGAAAAAGAUCUAUGUGCCAUGGCCCAAAGUUCCGGAGCGUCGUCGCCCGUUCCGGACAACGCAUGCCGACGGCCGUGUGGCCGAAGAAGAGACGUGGGUUCCGUGGGUACCGGAGGAUCCUGUCUUGCUGCCAAUGCAAAAGCCACGCACGACACCGGCGCGGGAAGCUAUUGCUGCGGAGCGCCGUGCGGUGUGGAACGAAAAGAUUGAUCGCUUGCGUGCACAGGCGCGCGACUCUACGUUCGCAACUCCCCCCGGCGCCAAGUCGUACGCGGGCUUUGCCAAGACUGUGAAUGUGCGCCCGCCGCCGAUAGCACAGCCACCCAGCGUGUCGGAACUGGUAAAGAUGGAGCGACAGCGCCUCGUCGAAUUCGUUCACAACCCAGAGACACAGUCGCAUGUCGAGCAGGGAGGUCAGUUGUUUGCUGCACAUGACUAUUUGGAUGUGGCGCCGCUCGUGGGACCCGCAGCAGGGGGUGAGUGGGGCGCUUUGGAGGAAGCAUCCAGUAGCUCGGUGCGUGAUGAACAGGGCCGCCUUGUCGCACGGCCAAGUAAGGCGGAUGUGCAUAGCAUGCCUAUCGAGUUGCUGAUGGGUAAGGACCUGGCCAAUGAGACGGGUCUCAAAUGGCGCAUGCGUCACUGGAAGACGAAGCAGGCAGAGCGUCAAGCCCAGGAAGAGGCGCUGCGUGCAGAAGAAAAGGAACUGCUCAAAGAACUUGAUGCGCUUCGUGUAUAG